CAGAACAUGACGCCGGGUAAUCCGAGAUUAUAAAAAUGCGAUUUGCGAGGCAAGAAGGUCUGCAACUGUCCUGGAAGAAAAGGACAUCCUCCUUGCCUCCAACUCCAGUUCUGCCGCCCAGCCCAGGAAAAAGCAGGCGGCCGGCAACCUCUCCGCACCCUCGUCGCGCGCCUCCUCUCCUCUCAGGAAAGAUGCCCGUGUCAAGCGUCGCAAAACCUUUGUCCUCUAAACCAAAUCCGUUCGAUUCCGACUCAGACUCUGAAUUUACCUCGAGGCGUGCAAGAGCAUCAUCUUCCAACUCAGUUGAUCCUGGCGCCAAUGGCCGAUACAAGAAUGGCUUCCGCGAUUCAGGCGGGUUCGACAACCAAUCCGUGCAAGAGCUGGAGGGCUACGUUGCACACAAGGCCGAGGAGGUCACUCAGAAAGUGAACGUCUGCCUUCGGCUCGCUGAAAACAUCAAGGAGGAUGCUACCAACACUAUGAUCGCCCUGCACAAGCAGGGUCAACAAAUGAAUAGGACCCAUGAAACCGCUGCGAACAUUGAUCAGGACCUUAGCAGGAGUGAGACACUUCUGGGAAGCCUUGGAGGGUUUUUCUCAAAAACCUGGAAGCCCAAGAAAACCAGGCAAAUAAAGGGACCAGCAGUUAUCUCGAGAGAUGAUCCCUUCAAAAGAAGGGCUAACCACCUAGAGCAGAGAGAAAAAUUAGGAUUGUCUUCAAGCCCCGUAGGGAAGUCGGAUCCUCAGAAGUAUUCUGAUCCUACCAACGCCAUGGAGAAGGUUCAGGUGGAGAAAGAUAAGCAAGACAAUGCCCUUUCUGAUCUUAGCGAUGUCCUGGGACAGCUCAAGGGCAUGGCUCUCGACAUGGGCUCAGAAAUCGAUAGGCAAAACAAAGCCAUGGACGGUCUACAAGAUGAUGUGGAGGAACUCAACUCCAGGGUGAAAGGAGCCAACCAGCGUGCACGCCGUUUGCUUGGGAAAUAAUAUUGCCUCGAAAAUGUAUGAGUGCAGUCUUGGUAUGUGAGGUUGCAGAAUCAAAACAUGGCUGCUGCUGCUGCCGCUGCCUUGCUAAGCAUACCCUUGUAACUUCUCUUGGGAAGGAAAAGUAUCCUUGCAAGUUGCAACAUUGCCCCCAAAAUACGUAUGUGGUGCACACAUAUAAUCAUCUAUUUUCCAUAGUUUGUGAUCAACCAAAUUGCUCAGAGAUUUUGAAAGCAACAUCAACUAUCUGUAUUUGUACAAAGAUUUGUAGUUUUCUGUCUUUCGAAAUUCAACAUAGAAAAACCCUCGGCUUUCCA